AAAACAGAAAAUAAAUAAGACAUGACAUGGGUGGUGCAUGUUCUUUCAAGCCAUUCCAAACAGUCACAUUUUCCAUUUUCUUCUUCUUCGUCGUCACCACGACCACCUUCAUUCUAACCGUCGCAAACACCGACCCCGAUUUCGUCAAAACUAACACCGCAUCCCUUCCGUUUUCAAGUUUGGAAUACGAUGGAAGUGCCGCGUCACCGCCGGUUAAUUCAACAGAAGCAAAGUCUCGUUCAGUGUCGUUAACGCCAAGCACGGCCAUUAUCGUUGGCGUUUUAACGGCCACGUUUUGUCUCACCUUCCUUCUGCUUCUCUACAUCAAGCACUGCAGUGGCGGCAACACCUUCACAUUUUCCCCCAAUUCUCGACCCACGCACGAGAGGAAGAACUCCGGCAUCGAACGAGCCAUCGUGGAAUCGUUGCCGAUAUUCCAAUUCGAAUCGCUGAGGGGACAAAAGGACGGUCUCGAUUGCGCGGUGUGUCUCACGCGCUUCGAGGACCCUGAGUUUUUGAGGCUGUUACCCAAGUGCAAGCACGCUUUCCACGUAGAGUGCGUGGACACGUGGCUGGAUUUGCACUCCACGUGUCCGCUCUGUCGCCACAAGUUUAUUAAAGAAAAA